AUGGCGAACGUGCGGGUGGCCGUGAGGGUCCGGCCGCUCAGCAAGAGGGAGACCAAAGAAGGGGGAAGAAUUAUUGUGGAAGUUGAUGGCAGAGUGGCAAAAAUCAGGAAUUUAAAGGUGGGCAAUCGACCAGAUGGCUUUGGGGACUCCCAGGAGAAGGUUGUGGCAUUCGGCUUUGAUUACUGCUAUUGGUCAGUCAACCCGGAGGAUCCCCAGUAUGCAUCUCAGGAUGUGGUUUUCCAGGAUUUGGGAACUGAAGUACUAUCUGGAGCUGCCAAAGGCUACAACAUAUGCCUUUUUGCCUAUGGGCAGACAGGCUCUGGGAAGACAUAUACCAUGCUGGGGACCCCAGCCUCUGUUGGGCUGACACCACGGAUAUGUGAGGGUCUCUUUGUCAGGGAGGAAGACUAUGCCUCACUACCUUCCUCCCGUAGGAUAAAGAUAAGUUUUCUAGAAAUCUAUAAUGAACGGGUGCGGGAUCUGUUGAAGCAAUCUGAUCGAAAAAAGUCCUUUACUUUGCGGGUCAGGGAGCAUCCAGAGAUGGGGCCAUAUGUACAAGGUUUAUCCCAACAUGUAGUUACCGACUAUAAGCAAGUAAUUGAACUCUUGGAGGAGGGAAUAGCAAACAGAAUCACAGCAGCCACCCACGUUCAUGAGGCGAGCAGCAGAUCCCAUGCCAUCUUCACUAUUCACUACACGCAGGCAAUCCUGGAGAACAGCCUUCCCUCUGAAAUAGCUAGCAAGAUCAACCUUGUGGACCUAGCAGGCAGUGAAAGAGCAGAUCCCAGUUACUGUAAAGACCGGAUUACUGAAGGAGCCAAUAUCAACAAGUCCCUUGUGACUUUGGGAAUUGUCAUCUCUGCCUUAGCCCAGAACUCCCAAGUAUUCAGCAGCUGCCAGAGCCUCAACAGUUCAGCUAGCAAUGGUGGUGACAGUAGAAUCCCUAGCUCUCCUUUUGAGACCAGCAGUGGUGGGGGACCCUCGCGGAGGCAGUCUUACAUCCCAUACCGAGACUCUGUGUUGACCUGGCUGCUGAAGGACAGCCUUGGAGGCAACUCCAAAACCAUCAUGGUUGCCACUGUGUCACCUGCACACACUAGCUACAGUGAGACAAUGAGCACGCUGAGAUAUGCAUCCAGUGCCAAAAACAUCAUCAACAAGCCACGAGUAAAUGAGGACGCAAAUGUAAAGUUGAUCAGAGAACUCAAAGAAGAGAUUGAAAGACUGAAAGCCAUGCUGCUGAGCUUUGAACUGAGGAACUUUAGUUCACUGAAUGAUGAAAAGGAUGAAAAUCUGAAGGAGAUGGUUCUUCAAAAUGAAUUGAAGAUAGAUCAACUGACUAAAGACUGGACCCAGAAGUGGAAUGAUUGGCAGGCCCUCAUGGAGCAUUACAAUGUGGACAUCAACAGGAAGAGGGCUGGUGUGGUCAUUGACUCCAGCCUGCCACACCUCAUGGCCUUGGAGGACGAUGUGCUCAGCACGGGGGUUGUGCUCUAUCACCUCAAGGAGGGAACAACAAAAAUAGGAAGGAUUGACUCAGACCAGGAACAUGACAUUGUCCUGCAGGGUGAAUGGAUCGAGAGAGACCACUGCACUAUCACCAGCACCUGUGGAGUAGUUGUUCUCCGGCCUGCCCAGGGGGCCCGCUGCACAGUUAAUGGCCAGGAAGUCACUGCCUCCUGCCGUCUCACCCAAGGAGCUGUCAUAAUCCUGGGGAAAGCACAGAAGUUCCGGUUCAACCACCCAGCAGAGGCUGCUGUCCUGCGGCAGCGAAGGCAGGUUGGAGACAAUGUUAGUGGCAGUGGCUCUUUGGAAUGGCUGGACUUGGAUGGAGAUGUCAUUGCCUCCUGGCAGAGUAUUUGCCCUUUGCUUUGGAAGGAAAGGAGAGUGCUGGAAGAGCAGUGUGACAAGAACUACCAGCCACCGAGGGAUGGAGAAAUGUCCCAGAGGGCCCAGUUUCAGCAGCAGCAGUGCUAUGUACAGGAUUUGAGGCAACAAAUCCUAGCAGGACAAAUUAGAGCUGAGAAGGAACUGGAGUUCGACCAGGCUUGCAUUAGCCAGCAGAUUAAAGACAACCAGCAGUGCCUGCUCCGAGAAGAGACCUGGCUGGCCAGCUUGCAGCAGCAACCAAAGCAUCAGCAAGGAGAAAACCAUGUAGCAGAGAAAGAACUUGAGGUGUCUGUGGCGCCUGAUGCUUGGCUUCAGACAGAUCCUGAGACUCAACCAUCCCCACUGGUCCGAAGUCAGAAGAAGAUGGUGCAGCUGCAGCUCCUGCAGAGACAUGCUAUUAGGGCAGCAGAGCGGAAAAUCCGGCGAAAAAAGAUCUCAUUCCAGCUGGAGAGGAUCAUCAAGAAGCAGAGGCUACUGGAGGCCCAGAAGACACUGGAGCAGCUCAGGGCAUUGUGUUGGCUUCAGGAUGAUAGCACCCAGAAGCCCCCAUACCAGGUUCCCAGCCCUGAUGCCACACUCCCAGGGCCUCAAUGUAAAAGCAUGUCAACAAGUUGCAGUUCUUUGAGCCUCCGAAGGCUCUGCAGCCAGCACUUCCCCCGGCUAUACAGUGUUUUCCUUAACUGGGAUCCCUCUACCAUGUUACCGCCUAUGCCUACUCACCAAGUAUCAGAGAAAAGCUCGUCAGAAGAGCACUUGUCCCACACUGUUUCUUACUCUUCAAGGGCAGAAGAUCUGUGCAAGAAUGGCUUCCAUUCCUCAAGACAGGGGAAGUUCUACACAGCCAGAGGAGACUUGGCCAGGAAGGGAGCCUCAGCUCCAGGCAUCUGCCUCACUAUGAGCCUCGAGUCUGUCAGCAUCCGGGAAAUGGAGAGAGAGAGUAAACAGCCCCAUCGGGUGGUGUCCCAGGGCUUAGCAUCUCUGAGCCAAUCAGCUAACAAGCUAAAGCCAAGGCAUGAGCCAAAGACCCUCACCUCUACCACCCAGACCAGAAGAGCUAAGAGACUAGCAAACUCUGGCCACACACAAGCUGUAUGGCAAAAAGAAGGGAACCUUGGGAGCCACAAGCCUGCUAAGGGAGCCAGUUGCAGUUCCCUAUAUUCCCAUGGACCCAAGCGGGCAGCUGGAUGUGGAAAGGUGACCAAGACUUUUCCAGCAGACUCCAAACCACCUUCUCCAAGAAGGGCAUCAAAAAGGCAUCAGAGGGUGCUGGCAGCUAGUGUCAGAGAUGUUGCCAAAAGGUCUUCUCAUUUGCCUCGUGGCAGUCCUUUGAAGAGACAACACAGUUCAGGGGACGUAGACACCAUGGCCCCACUCACAGAUUCCAGCCCAGUAGUGGAUCACGCAAGAGAAAAAGACAAUGAUUUGUCUGACACAGAUAGCAAUUACUCAGUAGAUUCUCUCACCUGCGUCUAUGCCAAAGCCAUGGCAGAGCCGCUGAAGCCAGAGGACCCUCAGGUGAAGAAGUGGGAUCUCCCAGAGUCAGAGAACUCCAAAAGUGAUGACAGCCAAAUAUCUGAAGACUCACUGGCUGAGAAGGGGUACCAAAACCUAAAAGAUAGCCCAGGAGACAAUCAUCUCACCAAUGACCAUGGCCACCUUAGGACCAGAACUAGAGCCUCUGUGAGAGGUUUCACCAUGCCCUCAGAUAGUGUGCUACUUGCUCAAACUCACAGAAGCUUUUCCUUGGACAGCCUGAUUGGUGCUGAGGAAGAACUGGGGGAAGAUCAGCAAGAAGAGCCUUUCCUUGGUUCAGCUGAUGAGAUGCCCACAGAGACUUUUUGGCAUCUGCAAAACUCUAGUCUGCCUGUAGUGGACCAAGAGGCAGUGUGCACACUUGGUCCCAUCAAUCAUAGAACAGGAGCUAGGCUGGCUACCAACCUGCCAAUGAGCAGUUCAUUUUACCUUGAUCCCCAGUUCCAGCCCCAUUGUGAGCAGCCUGAGUCAGAAGUGGAGGCAAGCUGCAAUGAACAAGCUAACUCUCUCCAAGGCAUGCAGCUUUCAAGAGAGAGCCCACUGAUAUCCAUGGAUUCCUGGUUUUCCUGUGACUCUAAGAUCAAUACCAAUAGUCCCACAGGAAUUGCAAGUUCUUUAUGUACAAGUCCUGAUGUCCAGGAAUUUCAGCCCUGUGGUGGGGAGAGGCCUGGAUACUGGCUAGAUACUGAAGAACUAAGUUCAUCAGGUGCAGAAACACUCCUGCCAUGUAGCUCCAAACUGCCCCAAGGCAGUACUGAGAUAUCCUGCAAUACAAGAGAUGAGUACACAACCUCUGCUUCUGAUGUGUCUAAGCUGUCACUUUGGGGAACUCAAAGGCUUCUUCAACCAAGAUCUGAUGGCAACUGUCAGGGCAGAGGUAUCCUUGACACAACCCAGCAGGGCAGCUCUGAAGCAUCCCACAACUCUAAUGUGUCAAGUGUGCUGGCUGCCUCUGCCACCUCAUUCACUCAUGUAGGCAGCACCCAUGAAAGGGAUUGGACUGCCCUUCAGCAGAGGUACCUCCUUGAACUCUCUCAUCCUGUUUUGGAAGCCGUAGGAGAACCCAAACUGUCUUUCCUCUGCCUGGAGGAAGACUCUGGUUCCUUGGGCCAAGCUUCUGUCAAAGGAGAAGAUACUCUAUUGACAGUUGGUUCUGGGGUAGCUAGCAAUUUGGGUUUGAACAACUUUUCAAUCCAUCUAUCCAAAAUCAGGCAUUUGAAAGCAGAGAAAGAACAGGACAGUUUGAGUGCUAAGUUAGAAGGUACUUCAGAUUUCUUUAGCACUAGUGAGAAAGAGGUGAGUUAUAGUGGAACUUAUUCAGCAGAUAUAGAAUCAUUGGCUUCUGAAUCUACAAAUGCACAGGUCUUUGCAGCAGAGAGCAAGAUAUCAAAUUCCAUGGAAGAAGCAUGUGAAGUCAAACAGAACAACUUGGAAGAGUGUUUUCAAGGUAGCAGGAAACCUGAACUGAUUACUUCCUCUGAUGAGUAUUUCUUCCAGAAGAAUGCUUGUCACAAUAAUGUCACCAUAGCCACCAAAGCAGACUGUUGGCCCCAAGGCUGGGCUCCUCUCAGGAAAAAUAGUGCAGUUCAGCCAGGGCAGUUAAGUCACAACAGCCACCACCCCCAACAGGAAGAGAAGGCAGAUUGCCAGAAGGAAGUAGUUCGAAGACACACAAAUGUUUCCUUUGCCUUUCCAUCAGGUCCAGAGCUAUACCUCCACUCUGCUCCCUGGAAUCCUCUCCCAUCUUCCUUGCAGCCACCUCCCUUGGAAACAUUCUAUGUGACAAAAAGCAGGGAUGCCCUGACAGAAACUGCCUUAGAGAUUCCAGCUUGCAGAGAAGUAAGGGUGCCUUCCCCACCACCCAGGGAAGCCUGGGGUUUUGGUCACAACCACCAAGCCCUCCAAAAUUCUUAUUUGAAGAAUAAUUUGCCAGUGCUGUUACAAAACCAAAAUUCUAAGAUUGCCUCAUCUCAGCAGGUCAUAGCAGAGAGGCCAGUUGAUGUGAAUACCAGGGAAGUUAUCAGAGAAUUAGGAAAAUGCACUGGAAAUAUUAGAGAAGAAAACCAUAAUUCAGUUUACUUUUUUGUUGCUCAAGACAGACAUUUUCUUCCUUCUACCAGCACAAGAGUGUGUGAAUUUGAAAAUCAAGUUGGAAUUUUAAAUAAAAAACUCAGUCUUCCAGCACUUAAUAAGGGCAAAAAGACUGCUGCGCAGUCCUCUUGCAGUGUUUCUUCAGACAGCUCUGAGCCUGGGAAGCCUCUCCUCCGCCUCUGUGAAUCUGAGGCAGGUGGGGAAAAAGAGCAGGGUCAGAAUGCAGUCCUAAGGCAGAGCCAGGCCUGUAAUAUGAACAGACAGUUUCCUUCCAGGGCCAGGUCUGAUAUCAUAUGUAAAACCAUCAGUUUAGGCAUUGAGAAGGACAUGCCAAGGAAAACUGCUAUUUCUGUACUGAAGUCCAGAUCAGUACAUCAUAGAAUAAGCAGCCCAGUAAUAGUGGUUGAGGAUGAGAGUCCAGCCCACAGGUGGGAAGGGAAGAAUGAAAUUGGUCUUCCUGGAAAUGCUGUUCAUCCCAAAGACAGCUUAGAAGAGUUUAAGCUUCCAGGGACAGAGUCUACAAAUGAAAGAUUCCAGUCAGUUACAUGCUCUCAAGAAAGAAACCCCAGUGAAUACAAGGGCCUUGGAAAGUCACAAGAAAUAUUAAACCACAAAGAAGAACCUUCUGGAAAGAAACAGAAUAAAAGAGUGAACAGAGCUGAUGAAAUGACUAGGCUAAUUAGGAGUGUAAUGCUGCUGGAAAAUGGCAUCUUAGAAAUUGAAUCCAAGCAGAAUAAGCAGCUUCAUGCUUCCCCCUUACCAGGAAGCAGUAAGGAGUUUGUGUUGCAGGACCAGAAGGAUCAGGAGAAGGCUGACUAUGUCCUGAGACCAGGCAGCUCUGGAAACCAUUUGCUCUUCAAGGAUCAACCAUCUUCUCCAAAACAGACAUGUGAUGUUAUCUUUAGGGAUAGUGAAGCUGGGGAAAUGGAGGUUAACAGCAGCACUGGGAAUGAUCCUCAGGUCCAGAAAAUCAACCUGAGCCCCUUCAGGUUGAAGGAGUGUAUACAAGAGAGUAAAUCUGUGAGAGAGCACACCCACCCAGCUGGAUUACUCGGACCCGCCAGGGACACAUGUGAUUCUUUAGGGACAUGCACAACUUGCCAAGAGUCCACCAACACUUCUCUUUACCCAAGGAGAAUGAAAGCAUUGGCUAGAGCUCUACCAUUGUGGCCCAGACCAGAGAGGUCUUCUGAGAAUGAUAGCGAGUUGGUAAAACCAUCAGCAAGCCCCAAAGGGCAGCCUUGGGGCUUGGGAAAUCUUCAGGAAUUGGAGACUGUGAACGGUUUUCAGGAAAGCCAAAUUGCUGAACACAUAAGUACUUCUAAGCAAGAGGAGCCAAAAGCUCAAGGCAAAGUUGAAGAAAUGGCUAUGCAAAAGGGAGGAAGCCUACAGGAAAAACAUAAAAUGGCCUCAUUGACACAGAAACUUCCCAGUCCGAGCCAACUUUGUAUGGGCACAUUAUUCAGCCAGGAGACUGUCUGCCCAUUACUGAGCCAGACAGACAUCUCUACAGCUCCUUCCCACCAAGACCUGAAUGCUGCCUUGCCCCUGAAUUAUCCAAGGCUUCCAAGAAGCUGUCUUCACACACCUGAAACUAUAGGCAUCUCUUCAGUUGAUUAUAUGAUGGAUACCACAAUGGUGAAAAUUCACAAAAGUCCCUUGGUAACAGGAGUAGGGUAUCAGGACCAGAAUGGAGAGACCAGAAGCUGCAGCCCUCAGGGAAAUGUUAGAGAGCGCUCCUAUGUGGCACACACUGCUUGGUGUGUGUCUGCAAUAUCCAUGGCCACAGGAUCUCAUGGUCAGUCUGGUAUACCAGAAAGUAUUCCCCUGGAGACAGAGGACAGGAUAUCAGCAAGCAAUAGUACCCAAGACCAAGGAGAGGACCUCAGCAUUCCCUGGAUGAGUUUGAAUACCUGGGAAGGUUUUGCUUCUGAAGCCGAGGCAGCUGUACAAAAAGAAGUAAGAGCCAAUUCCCUGAACAGGAUUACUAGCCAGCUUGAAAAGAGGGUCAGUGUCUCCUUAGAAGAGGAUAAUGAUCAGAGUAGGGAGGCAAGGCAGAAGGCAGACAAGGAGGCUGAGAACCUCAGUGUUACCAGCGGUGCUUUUUUAGCACCUCUUUCUCGGCUGAGGGUGCCUAAUCCAGAGGCGAAGCUGUUGGAGCCCUCUGUCCAUAUGUCCAUGUGUUUUGCUAUCUCAGAGGAGAUCAGACAGGCAAAGACCCAGAGAAAGCAGCUUAAUGACUUUGUGGCUGGGGGGACAAUACUUCCUUAUUAUGAAACUUUACUAGAACCUGAAUGUUCAAGGGCCACUGGCAGGCCUCAGUGUAAACAAAUGGACCAGUCAGUAUCAGACAGGACCAGGAAUGAAGGUGAAGUACAGGGAUUUCAUGUGGUAUCUCUACCUGCUGAACUAGGAUGUCUGUCAGUUGAUGAGAGGAACCAGGUCAUACCCCUCUCUGCAGACAGCUUUCAACCUCUGCCCAGCACUGAAACUGACAGAGGAACAUGGCAUCCCUCACAGGCUUCCUCUCAGCCUGCACCUGCUCUAGGCAAAAGACAGUGUACUGGAGAACUGAGACAUUUCCUGGGAGCAGGCGAACAGUUUGCACGUCACCCUAGUUCUUCUAGAGUCGUAGAGGAAAAGAAAGACGCGAUAAGAACAGCUUCCUCUGCUGAUCCUUUGGCUUCUGACAGUCUUCUUUCUUCAGCAGCUGUAGAGAGGGACAGGAGGGUAAGAUCAGAGAAAGUAGUGACUGCCUUAUCUUCCCAGGUCCCUUGUGAUGAUCCUGGAUUGAUUCUGCAUGGGCAAAAUCAGCUACUCCCAUGGGAGACUGCAGAACGCAUGCCCCUUAGCAGUCAGGACAGCAAUGGAGAUCACCAGGAACAUAGAACUCUAGACACCACAUAUGGAGGAGGUUUAGGUAACUUCUUAGUGAUCACACAGGAAGAAAAAACACCCCAUUUUGAAAAUCAGUCUGUGAUCUGUGAUGUUCAGAAUUCUUCAGGUCUCUCAGGGCCUAAGCAAGAUAAUGUCCAAUGCUGUGAGGCUUCAACUGGCUUAGAAGAAGGGAAAGCAAGUCCCAAACAAGGUAUCAUUCUACCUUGUGCCCUGAGGGUUGAACUGGAAGCUUACGCACAGCAGUGUGUGAAGUGGAAGGGGAAUGUUGGGUCUGGGUUGAUGGAAGCCUGCAGGGCUGCCAGCGAACAUCCCAGGCCAACUCCAUUGCCAGAUCAAAGACCUAGCCCAGAUCCUGGGGGAGUCAGAGAGGAAGCCCCAUGCAGAUGCCCAAAGGAAACUUUAGAUUGCCACGUCUCCUCAGGGAGAAUUAGAGGCAGCAGGAGUCUCAGUCCAUCUAGAGGGGAAGAGAGCAGAUCUCUUCCUUGCCAACUUCUUUGCAAUUCUCAACCCAUUGCUACUCAUGCCUGUACCCAUUCCUCCACUUCACUGUGUUAUAGAAAUGCAGACCUGGGGAAGGCAACUUCCAAGUCUACCCCACAUACUAUCCAUCCACCUUGCGUAGUACCUUCCAGGGCCUGUGAAGUGGAUGAGAGAGGAGAGAGCUCUUCCGAAGAACCUGACAUGCUCUUGUCAUAUGGUCUUGAGCCCAAAGGCAUUAAUAUGGAAUUUGGGCCAACAGACAACAACAUUGUUAAGCCCUCCACUACGGCCACUGUCCCAUCUCCAGUUCAAGGCUAUAGCUCUCCUUCUGCCCCUGAUAUGAGGACAAGUUCUCUCAGCCACUCAGCUGCUGAUGGAAGCUCAAGGUCAGUAGAAGGUCCUGAGAAAAAGGUUCCUGAGAAGAAAGUUAGCACAGAACUUGAGGCUGCCCUUUUCCCUUCAGGCAUGUACCCUGAGCCACUGAGGAAGUUUCAGGAUAGCUCAGUAGGUAGCCAAAAUGCACAGAUGUCUCAAACCAAGCCAGAACCACCUGCAACAACUUGGGGCCUAUACACCCUAAAUUUAAGUGAAGGGUCUGUUGAGAGUGAGCUGGUGGUAGAGCCACAGCAUAGAUGUUUGGAAAAUACCAUCAGAUUCCUUUCAGAAAAGCCACAACUUUCCUCUGAGUUCAGGGAUCACAGUUGUUUGGAUCCCCAAGCCAAGUUUGUAGCAAAGUUAAAUCAUGUCUGUAGACCCCCGGUUGAUGGUUCCAGGGAGGAAGAAGAGCAGCAGAGAGACCAGGCUUCUGGUGGUGGUGAAGACCCUUACCAGAGCAAGAAUCUCCCUGCUGCUGCUGAUGGAGGCUUGGACGGCUGUCAGGUUGGAGAUGUCGGGAGAAAGGAGGUUGCUUUGGCCAAGCCUCCUGUGUCUAAGACAUUCUCAUCAGUCUUCAAAGACUCAGAUGCUGUGCCCUUGGGGCAAAGUGAAGUACCACAGCCUGCUGCCCAGAGGCCUGGCCAUCCCUACUCUGGCAGGGAGCAGCCAGCUCCCCACCACAGACGCUCACUUCCUGUGAUUGCAAUCUUCUCUGGCCCCAAACACUCCAAGUGCUCCCUCAGACCACAGUUCUCCUUGAUCAGCUCUUCUCGAUCUCUUCAAGAGCUGAACUUGAGUGUGGAGCCUCCUUCCCCUACAGAUGAGGAUUCAGAGGGGUCUAACAGAUCAUGGAACCCACCUCCCAGGGGCUGUUCCUCAGGAAAGUCAGUGGCUAGAACCUCUCUGAAGGCUGAGGGCUGCAAUCAAAAAGCCUCAUCUAACUUGGACAAUGGCACUGCUUAUCACAGGCCCCUGAAACCUGCCACCCCUCCUUACCCAACAUUUUCUGCUCUCUCAUGUAUGCCAGUCUCUGAUUUCAUGACCAGCUGGAUGUCUGGUACUUUGGAACAGGCCUGGCAGGGAAAGCCAGAGAAUUGGUGCUCUCAGGUGGACAAAAGAAUGUUGCACUUUGGUUCCAGUGAAGUCAAUCCCUACAUCCUGCCCUGGCGUCCAGAGGAGCCUGCACACAUCUGCUGGAAGCAAUAUGUGUUUGACAGUGCAGUUGAUAUCUCCUGCAGCCAGAAACCUCAGGGCACAGUACCAUCAAAUGUGGCCCAGUGCUCCAGCAGGGACAGUGGCCUGGAAGACCAGAACUCCCCACUCCACUCCCGCCUCAGUACCUAUGCCAAUACUAGGGACCUGUCAAGUACAUGUAGCAGCAUUGAGAAUGCCCAAGGUUCAAAUGAGGCCUGGAAAGUACGGAGUUCCUCGUUUGCUUCGGGGGACCCCCAAGUCCUAAUCAGCUCUGAAGGAGCAGCCCCCACUUCGGGUCUCAUCAAGAGACCCCAGGUCAAGAGCCCCCCUGAUGAAGCAGGGUGUUUGAGGAAUGAGCUCCUCUUGGCUGAAGGAAGUGCUGCAACUCCAGUGGGUGAGAUGAUGAUGCUGUAUCCUUCAGAGGCAGGCUGUCCUGGGGUGCAGGCCAGAAUGAACACCUUUGAGCAGGCCACACAGACCCUGGGCUGCACACUCCAUUGGAGCUGUGCCGAUGUCUCCUCUGCUCAGCCUGAAGUCAGUGCGUCAGCCUCUGAUCUGGCCUCAUGGGUCAGUAUGCACAACCUGUCUCUCCACCUGUCACAGCUCCUGCACAGUACUUCGGAGCUGCUCGGGAGUCUCUCCCAGCCAAGUGUAGCCAAAAAAGAACAGAACACCAAGAAGGACGCUCGCGAUGAGGCCCCACAGGCCGUUAUGAUUGACAGCUCUACUCAGACCACUGUGGAUAAGGGCAGCCAGACUGACUUGGCCUCAGCCCCUCUACACCUCCAGUCCCCAGAGGCUAAACCUCAGGAAGUCAGUAUGAUCCUUGAAGUGCUGGGCUCAGAUAUCUUGACCAGGUCUCAAGAAAAGGGAGAUGUCCCAGAGGUACUUCAGAAGAGAGAGGCAGAGGAAACAGCAUGGAAAAUGGCAGAGCCCCCAGAUCUUCAGGAAGAAAGCACCCACUGCAGGCCUCAGAGCCCUCCUAUACCUUCAUCCCACUUGAGGUUUGAGAAACCCCUUGGGCAGAACCUUCCUUCUGUGAGCCCCCCAGCUUCUCCUGAUGCUUCCCUGCUGCCCAGCUCCCAGCUGGAGGAAACUUCUUGCCUGGUUGUCAGCAGCCCCAGCCUCUCUCACUUUCCAGGGCUCUUCCCCAAUCCUUCAGAGACCAUCAGGGAGCAUAGGGUCCAGAAGCUGGGCCCCACAAGUGCCUUGUUGGUGGACAGGGCUUCUUCCCCAAUCCUCACACUUAGUGCCAGCACCCAAGAGUCAGGUCUACCCCUAGGCUCUUUGACUCUCUUUGCACCCUCAGCUUCUCCUCUUGAAGGCCACCAGAAGCUUGACUCCAGCCCAGACCUUCCUGUUGGUGCCUCAAAACCUCCAGUGGAAAAUUAUUCUCAAACCACUGAUGAAUCAGGUGGCUCCCAGAGAGUUCAGGCUCUGGAUGGAGGAGGCAGAAGUCCCUUAGAAAGGAGUGAUGGGAGGUCCUCUGUUGAGUUAAGCUUCCCACACAGCCUACAGCAGAGCUCAAAACUCCAAGUUAAUUUCUUAGGGCAGCCCCAUAAGCAGCUUCAGCCUAGGACCACCACCAGGGUUCAAAGCAGACUGUCGCCUCCACCACUGAGGCACAAGAGUCAGAGGCUGGCCAGCAGCUUUGUGCCUGAGGAUAUGGCUUCUCCAGAGCAUGGCCCACUGAGCAGUAGGGGGCCAAGUCGAUGGCAGAUCAGUACAGAAAAUGGGGGUUCAGCAUCUCUAAGGGAGCCACAACCCACUCUGGACGUUUCUUCUUCAUGGGGAGGCCUCCAGCACCUCAGCCCCUGCCAUAUCUCCAAGUUGACUGAAAGUACAGGGCUCCGAGGUUCCACGUUGGGCCCACCUCAGUCCUGCCACCCUGAGGGACUGUUGUACUCUAGUUCCCAGAUGUGCGUGGCCUCUGAGCCCCAGCUUCACAGCCCGAGGGACCUCCCAGUUCAUAACAAAUUUAGAAACUGGUGUGGGAUUCAGGAUGCCUCUCCUAGGGGGCUGGGUGUGGCUGAGGAACUGGGGGUCACUUGUGAUCUCAGCUCUGGAGAGCAGGAAAGGAGACCCCUACAACCUCCUGAUGACCAGAGCCAGUAUCCUGAUUGGUCCCAGAGGGAGCAGAUGCCCCUCCAAUUUGGGGCCCAGAACCUCUCACUCAGCAUGGAACUCACAGAAGCAAAACUGCACCAUGGCUUUGGGGAGACAGAUGCCCUGCUGCAGGUGCUGCAGAGUGGGACAGGGGAGGCGCUUGCUCCUGAUGAACCUGUGCUGUCUACCUGGGAGGAUCUCUAUGCUCGGCAAAAAAAAGCCAUAGAGACCCUCAGGAGAGAGCGGACUGAGCAACUUCAGAACUCCCCCCAGACACGAAGCUUCAGCCCCCAGAAACAACUGAACCUCCUGCCCAACAGGGAUCUCCCCACCUGGGACCUUGACUUGCCCAGCAGGCGCCGAGAAUACCUACAGCAACUGAGGAAGGAUGUCGUGGAGACUACCAGGCGAGAGAGCCAAGAGUCAAGGUCUGCUGGCCCACCCUCUGGCAUAGAGCUGAUGCUUCGAGACUACCAGCGGGCCCGUGAGGAGGCCAAGGUGGAGAUUGCCCGAGCCCGGGACCGACUGCAGGAGCGGACUGAACAAGAGAAGCUAAGAAUCCGCCAGCGGAUCAUUUCUCAGCUGCUGAGGGAAGAAGAAAAACUACACACCCUGGCCAACUCCAGUUCCCUGUGCACCAGCUCCAACGGAAGCCUCUCCUCUGGCAUCACCUCUGGCUACAAUAGCAGCCCAGCCUUGUCAGGGCAGCUCCAGUCCCCAAACAGUGUGGGAGACACAAACUUGCCUGAUUCCAGAGAUGCCUGGAUAGGGGAUGGGUGGGGCCGUUCUGCAGUGAGGAACAGUCACUUGUAUCUGGCCGGGUCCACCUGGAAGAGCUCCGCCUACAGCCACAGAGCCUCCCCAGGCAGUUGCUGCUAUUCUCCAUCUAGCAUGUCCAGCUUGGGGACCUGCUUCUCCACCUCCUACCAGGAUUUGGCCAAGCACAUUGUGGACACUUCUAUGGCUGAUGUAAUGGCUGCUUGUUCAGAUAACCUGCACAACCUCUUCAGCUGCCAGGCAACAGCUGGCUGGAACUAUCAGGGUGAGGAGCAAGAGGUGCAGUUUUACUACAAGCUGUUUUCUUCUACUCGGCAUGGCUUCCUGGGGGCAGGUGUGGUGUCCCAGCCCUUGUCUCAUGUGUGGGCAGCUGUGAGUGACCCUACCCUGUGGCCUCUGUAUCACAAGCCCAUCCAGACUGCGAGGCUGCAUCAGCGGGUGACCAACAGUAUCAACUUGGUAUACUUGGUGUGCAAUACCACCCUGUGUGCGUUGAAGCAGCCACGGGAUUUCUGCUGUGUCUGCGUGGAGGCCAAAGAGGGGCACCUAUCUAUCCUGGCAGCUCAGUCUGUGUACGACACAUCCAUGCCAAGACCCAGCAGAAAAAUGGUCCGAGGGGAGAUCCUGCCCAGUGCCUGGAUCCUACAGCCUGUCACCAUGGGAGGGAAGGAAAUCACCAGAGUCAUCUACUUGGUUCAGGUAGAACUUGGUGCUCCAGGUUUCCCCCCUCAGCUCUUGAGCUCCUUUAUCAAGCAGCAGCCACUGGUUAUAGCCAGACUGGCUUCCUUCCUUGGUAGUUAG